AUGGUAGAAGAUACGCCAAUGCCAGAUACAGACGCCGUACGGGAAAACACCCUCAUGUACGGCCAUGAUGACGACCUGGACGAGAAAUACCCGCUGCGGCCUUUGAAUUUACACAAGACACUGCCGUUUCACACAUUGUUCACCGAUCUUUUCAACCCGCUCAUGGACACGCAAAAAAAGAAGCAGCCGGUUGGCCCCCGGCGCAAGGUUGGACCGCACGGCCGCGGCAACCUAACGCCACAUGAAGCCAAGCGGAACAUCGUCGAGCGCUUUAUUGCGAAUUGGCGGAAGCAGGUGGGGAAUGACUUCUAUCCUGCAAUGCGUCUCAUUAUCCCCGAGAAAGACCGAGAGCGGGCAAUGUAUGGUUUGAAAGAGAAGACAAUAGCAAAAAUCUUGAUCAAGCUCACCAGAAUUGGCAAGGAUUCAGAUGAUGCGAAGCACAUGCUCAACUGGAAGUUACCUAGUCAGCUGCAAAAGGCACCAACUUGGACUGCUGGCGACUUUGCCGGACGGUGCUAUGAGAUUCUAUCGUCACGUCAGCUCAAGACAGAGUACAGCGACAUGAGCAUCGCGGAAGUCAACAAUGCUCUCGACAAAUUAUCGCAGGUCGGUACCGAAGAGGAGCAAGUUAAAAUCUUCCAGAGAUUUUAUCGGAGAAUGAAUGCCGAGGAAAUGACGUGGCUUAUUCGGAUGAUUCUUCGUCAGAUGAAAAUUGGCGCGACUGAGAAGACCUUGCUUGAUAUUUGGCAUCCAGAUGCAGAAACGCUAUUCAACGUGUCAUCAAAUCUUCGGCGUGUUUGUUGGGAGCUUUUUGAUCACAACAUACGUCUUGAAGGCGAGAAUACUGGUCUUAGUCUCAUGCAAUGCUUCCAACCGCAACUAGCUCAAUUUCAGGACAAAGUAGGCUCGUUCCAGAAAAUGGUUACCAGGUUCAAAGGAGAUUCAGAUGACGAUACGUUCUGGAUUGAGGAGAAACUGGACGGCGAACGCAUGCAACUACAUAUGGUAGAGGACUCAGAUGCGCCAGGCGGGAGAUCGUUUGGCUUCUGGUCGCGAAAGGCAAAAGACUACACUUAUCUCUAUGGAAAGCAUUUCCACGGCGACGAAGCUGGAGCACUCACGCGGUUCGUAACAGAAGCAUUUGGGAAGAAUGUGAGGAACAUUAUCCUCGAUGGCGAAAUGGUUACCUGGGACAUGGAAACUGAUCACAUCGUUGGGUUUGGUACUCUCAAGACGGCAGCCAUAUCUGAAAAGGAGAACAAAACAAACCAAGAGACUGGCCAGCGACCAUUGUUUCGAGUGUUUGACUGUGUAUAUCUGAACGAUACGUUGCUCACCCAGUAUACGCUUCGUGAUCGCCGUCGUGCUCUGGAAAGCGCUGUCAAAGGUGUACAUCGCAGAUUAGAAGUCCAUCCAUAUAUUGAGGCGCGUUCGCAUACUGAGAUCGAGCCGGCGCUGCGAAAAGUGGUUGCUGAAGCAUCCGAGGGCUUGGUGUUAAAGAACCCUCGCUCAAUGUAUUGCUUGAACCAACGAAACAACGAUUGGAUGAAGGUGAAGCCGGAGUACAUGUCCGAGUUUGGAGAGUCUCUUGACUGCAUUGUCGUGGGAGGGUACUUUGGCUCUGGCCGUCGCGGUGGUGCCCACUCAUCUUUUCUCUGUGCGUUACUGACGAACAAGAGCGCAAAGCCAGGAGACCCCAAACACGAACAUUGUUGGUCAUUCUUCAAAGUUGGUGGUGGAUUUAGCUCGGACGACUACGCUGCUUUACGAGGACGAACGCAAGGAAAAUGGCAUGACUGGGAUCCUCGGCGUCCACCGCCAUUCAUCGAACUAGGUGGCCACGAGCAGAAUCGGCAACAUGAGAGACCGGACCAAUGGAUUAGACCAAGUGACUCUGUCGUACUGGAGUGCAAAGCUGCCAGCGUCGAGAGCAGCGACAAGUUCCGCUUGGCAUUGACACUCCGCUUUCCGCGCUUCAAGCAGCUCAGGACAGACAAACGAUGGGAUCAGGCGCUUUCCGUGCAGGAAUUCCUGGAAGUCAAAACUAAAAUAGAGAUCGAGAAGUCCGAGAAAGAGAAGGAAUUCAAGAUCGAACAGUCACGACGCAAGAAGGCGCGCACAUCGAAGAAGCCGCUGGCGGUGAUGGGCAACGAUACAGUGACGACGCCUUAUGCAGGCCCAGAGUCUAAAAUCUUCGACGGACUCAGCUUCUAUGUCAUGACUGAGCAGGUGCACCCAAUGAAGAAAUCUAAAGCCGACCUAGAGGCACUGAUCAAAGCCAACGGUGGCAAGCUUGUCCAACGCGACUCUACAGACAAGAAUCUCAUCAUCAUUGCCGACAAACGGCUGAUCAAAGUCGUGUCGCUGGAAAAGCGAGCUACAAACAACAUCGUCAAGCCAAUCUGGAUCCAAGACUGUAUUACGCAAAGCGAAGCAGACACUGGCGCACUGCCCUACCUACUCCCUUUUGAACCGAAUAGGCACAUGUUCUACCUCCACGAUGACGAUCAAUUCGAGAUUGAGAGCAACGUAGAUGAAAAUGGCGAUUCUUAUGCACGCGACAUUGCGGACGUGGAAGAGAUGAGGAAGUUGCUGGAUGGGAUGAUGAAACCGGAAAGUCCAGCUACGUUCCAGCGACAAGAAUUUUUGAAACAGUUGGAAGAUCAUAGCAAGCCUCUGGAGCAGCUGAAGACUCAUAUGUUUCACUCUGUCAAAGCUGUUUUUCCAGAUGAUGUGGAUAGCGAAGAAUGGUCGUUGAAGGCGCAACUGGCGAAGAACUAUCUCCGUUUUGGAGAUGGGCUGAUUGCUGAUAACGAGGAAGAAGAGGGAGUCACGCACAUCGUUGUACCAGACGAGAGAUCUAUGCCCAAGAGAUUGAAUCCGAGAAUCUCUGGACUUGCUCGAAUAGUUGGUAUAGGAUGGGUGGAAAAGUGCUGGGAAGAAGGUACAAGGUUGGAUGAAGAGAGAUUUCAAUGGGGUUAG